CGAGAGCCAGGAUCGAAGAGCUGGGCAAAUGCGCCUGUGGCAAUGCAUGGGAGCGAGCUGGGACGCAUUGGGGGCCAUGGAGGCACAACGUUGAAAUUCACAACCGGCAUGCAGCAGUCCUGUUGACGGGCUAAAACGCUGGCGUUUCAACCUGCCCUGGUAGCUCACUCUUUGUGAUGCCAAUUUGCCAAGAGGGCAUGCGCAAGCAUCAGAAACCGCAAGUUGAAUGAUCUGCUACUUGGGUUGUACGACUUUCACAUCUCUGCCAAAUCAGCCGUCCUUUCCUGUUGAGCGGCUGCGCUUUUGAGAAGGCAAUGGAGUACAGUCCUUUCCUUGACCGACUCCAACAGCAGAAUGGGAGUCAACCUCCCUUUCAGCUAGACCUAACCCUCAGCGAACCUGCAGACCUGCAUUCUCCAACAGGGGAGCCAUUGCGAGACGGGCCAUUAUCUGCCCAAUCAGCCAUUGGGCCAUCCUUUGCUGAAGCCUUCACUUCGCCAAAUGUGGAGAUGGCAAGCCCGCUCUCGGUGCGAGCUUUUUCAGGCAAUCCUUUCGGGAACCACAAUCAGCCACGCACUUCUGCCCUGGCUGCACAGCGUCCAGUCCCGCUGUCAGCUUUUACCUUCUCCUCUCAAGCUGCAGGUCCUGUAGAGCGUGAGGCAGACCCCAUGGCAGCAAUGUCCUUAGACCCUUUGGACCCCCCUAGAAGGCAGAGGGGUCACCGGCGUGCGCAAUCAGACUUCUUUCAGUAUCCACAAGGCUUCCUUGAACAGGAGGAAGCCAACAAUCUGGAGUACCACCACCAGAGUCCAGCUGAGGCAAACGACCAUGACCAGAGCAGGCAGAUCGAUCUGCUGGAGCACAUUGAUGGCCACGUUGAUUUGGAGGAGCUUCAGAACCUCCUGAAAAGCAGAUCAGCGGAGAACCUGUCAUUGGAUCCAAAGAAAGCGAAAAGGAUCAUUGCCAACAGGCAGAGUGCUGCUCGCUCGAAAGAGAAGAAAGUCAGGUAUAUUGCAGACCUUGAGAACCGGUUACAGGAGUUGCAAUCUCAAACCACCUCUCUGAACACGCUAAUGAGCGUUUUACAGAAAGAUACGGCAUCCCUGGCAUCUGAAAACAAAGAGCUCAAGCAGAGUCUACAGACUCGAGAAGCUCAGGCUCAACUUCGUGACGGGCUGAAUGAACGUCUGAGGCGGGAAGUCAUGCUGUUGAAGCAACAGGCUCAGCAACUUCAGCAGAGUCCUCAACACCAAGUCGCUGGGGAAAACGCUUUUUCACAGGACGGCUUUGGAGACCAAGAGGCUGAGGCAAGGGUGGCUGACUUUCUAAAUCCGAACGGAAACGUAGACAGCCCGACUCCCAACCCCAAUCGGGGGCAAAACUUUCAAAUGUAAAGGUGCAGACGAAUACUUUGCAGAGCAGGACAGAAGUUAUCGUGGGGUACAGUCACAUGUAUUGAAAGGAGCAAUGUUAACCAAACCUGGUCCCCAGCAGACAACGUAUAGUGAAAGUCUUAUAGCAAUCUCGACCGCCCCUGCAGAUCCAGCUGUUUUAAGUGGCCUAUAAAGCUUUCAGAAGCGCAAAUAAACCUUCAGGAAGUUUAGCUUGUAUAUUACCGUAGCCUUCACUCGAUCGUUCAAAAAAACGUAAGGUUUGCCACAAAAUAUACGGAUGCUGUGUAAAUGAUGGUCGAGCUGAACACGGUGUCUUAUCUUACGUACCUUGUGCGUUAGUUCUCAUACGUCCCAUUGUGUUUCAUAAGUUCAGUCCAACGUAGGC